UUUAUUUUGUCGCAGUACAAAUCAACCAAAACUGUUUGUUUACAAUUUUUGUAGUGUCUAUAUCAGCUUUGAUAAUAACAGAUUUCCAGUGCUGACUAGUAUUUUUCCAGUGCUGACAAGUAGAUUGCGCAAAAUCAGAGUCGCACGGACAGAUUUAGCGAGGAUCAGUUUCAAAUCAUUUCAAUGAAGUGAUUUGGAACUGUCAUUUUUGUAUGGCGAAAUCUUGAUAAAUUUUUAAGAUUAGUGGGAUAAUCCAUUCAGCAGCCGAAAUCGUGUGAUUAAGUGUCGGUCUGAACAUAGUAUAAGGGGUAUUGGGGGUACAAAUUUGCAAGUACACAACUAAAUGAAUUGUUUUGUUUGUGAAAACGGGGUGUCAUUAUCUUUAAUUGUUGUUAAUUUAUUUAAUGUUGUUAUGUUUAUAUAAUAUAAAAUAUGUGCGUCAAUAUAUUUAAUAAUAUUGAAUGCUAAACUGUUUUUGGUUUUCACAUAAAAUAAAACGAAAAAUAUGUUCUUCUGGUAACCGUGUUAUUUAUAUCUUACGACAGUUUUUAGUGACCGACUUAUGCCGGUAUUCUGCUUGUCACAGUUGUCUCAUGUCUCUAAUUGAGACAAUCGUAAUUUAGUGACUCUGUUAGUCAGGAUGUCUCAUUUUGGUAUUCUGGCAGAUACAGUCUCAAAAAUAUUCACCAAAUAGUAUGGUGGAAAGAAGGGCAGCAAUCAGCUGUUUAGUUUAGCUGAUUAGAGAUGAGUGCAAGUGCACAAUCGUAAUGUAUGAAACGAUUGCAUGCAAUUAGUUUUUUUUUCAUAAGAUUUCAGCAGUAAAACUUCUUCUUAAUAAUUGCACAGUACAAUUAUUGAAAACUAAUACUGAAAUAGUUUAUAAUAAAUGCUUAACAUAUGCAUUUUAUCUGAAUCAAUUGUUAAGUAAAUAUGAAAAAAUUUAACAACUCAGUUAUCGAUUAACACAUGUGUUCAUCCUUAUAUUUGAUAAUAAUGGAAAAGGAAGAUCAUAAUAAAGUGUCACGCACCUCGAAGGAGCAAAUAGAGUGCUACCUUAACUUUGUGCGGGUUCACCCGGAAAUAAAGUUGCACAAAAACGAUCCUUCGCGGCCGAAAAGAAUGGAGGAGCUUUGGGCGGAACUCUCCGCGCAAUUAAAUGCCCUAAAAGGGCCCACCCGGAACCCCAUCAAAUGGAGAGAGAAUCUGACCCAUUGGAAAAACCAAGUAAGGUCACGCGCAAGGAAAGCCAAGGCGCACAAGCUGGUGACAGGUGGCGGUCCCAGCUCAACAAUUGAGCUCUCUGAAACGGAGCAGAGAGCGUUGGAUACAUUGGGGUCAGUCGCUGUUGAUGGGUUGACUGAUGUACCAGCUAUUGGCACAGAGGAAGAAGUAGUAUUCACAGCUGCACCAUCGCCCCUGAAUACGACUUCGGAUGCGUCCAAUGACGGCACUCCGUCAUCGUCUCGCAGAAAAAAAAUGACGACGGACGAAAUGUUCCGGAAUUAUAUGGAUCUGAUGAAAGGGAAAGCCGAGGAGGAAAGAGAUUUCCGUAUUAAAACGUUAGAUUCAAUUAAUAAACACACGGAGUCUAUCAAUAAUUUAGCGGCAGCGAUGGUGUCGCUUGCUCAAACGAUUGUGAAAACAACAGAAGACAAAAAGUGA